AUGGACCCCGUCAUCAUAACGCCGGAUGAUGUAGUUGAGGCGGUCCGUAGGGCCCCGAACUGGAAAAGUCCGGGGCUCGACGGGCUGCAUCACUACUGGCUGAAGGGGUUCGUGGUGUGUCACGCUGUGCUCGCCCGACAGUUUCAAGAGGCUCUCGACCAGAAGUCGCUCCCGAGCCUCUUCACUACUGGGAUCACUCAUUUGGUUCCUAAAGAUCAGGAUACCACAGACCCGAGCAAAUACCGCCCCAUCACGUGUCUACCCACGAUAUACAAGACACUAACAUCCAUUUUGAGCGCUAGAAUCAGUCGUCACCUGAACUCAAAUCAGGUGAUGUCGCGCGCUCAGAAUGGAUGUAGGGGCGGUGGUCGUGGAACCAAGGAACCACUCCUCAUUGACGCGGUCAUUGGCAAGGUGGUUAAACGCAACCGUCGGAACCUCUCCGCCGCCAGGAUAGACUACAAAAAGGCAUUCGACUCGGUACCUCAUGCAUGGCUUAAGAGGGUCCUCGAGCUGUACAAGAUUGACUGUACAGUUAGAGACUUCCUCGGGCAGUGUAUGGGGCAGUGGAGUACGAUCCUUUGUCAUCUAGGUGAGCGGAUGACGGCUGCGGAGAACCACAUAAAGAUAAGAAGGGUUAUCUUCCAGGGCGAUUGUUUGAGUCCAAUCUGGUUCUGCCUCUCUCUGAACCCUCUCAGUACCUUACUGGAGGGCUCCGGGAGGGGAUUUCAGCUUCCGAGGGGAGGUACAAAAGUGACCCACCUUUUCUAUAUGGAUGAUCUCAAGUUAUAUAUAUAA